AUGAACGCAUUUGUUAAACAGUGGGAAAAUGGUGGGUACUCCCAAGGCUGCAAUGCCUUUUUUAAUCUCAUUGCUGUCAAAUGGUUUAAAGAGAAUGGCAUCAUGGAUCUGUUGGUAGAGGAAACCAAAAAUGCUGAAUGCUAUCCUUUCUCUGUGUUGAUGGAAGAGCCAGAUCUUCUGACCUGUGACUCCAUUCAGCUACUGCCAACCUUGGAGCUGGAGGUCAGCCAGAUUGGAGCUUGGGGAAGGCAGUGUUUAGACAAGGCCCUUGACAGGAUAUUUCCAGGUGGGAAUCUGGUUGCUGGUUGUCAGGGUACAGUACCCUGA